UGUCGGCCCCGGUAGCGGGGGAGGGGGGCGGUAACAUGGCGGCGAUGCGGCCGCUCGGCCUGAGCUUCCGGUGAGAAGCGAGUGGAGGGGUCGGGGCGCGGGCGGGACGAGGCUGUGACGGCGCCAUGGCGGAGAAAGGGGAACUGGAUUUAACCGGAGUCAAACUCAACACCGGCGUCUGGCUGGUCAAAGUUCCUAAGUACCUUUCACAGCAAUGGACUAAGGCAACGGGAAGAGGUGAAGUGGGAAAGAUACAGAUAGCCAAGAAUCAAGGGAAAACUGAGGUUUCCUUUACUUUGAAUGAAGAGCUUGCAAAUAUCCAGACCACAGGAGGAAAAAGUGGAUCAAUAAGUGCACCCAGAGACCAUCCGUUUACAAUGCAGAGUGUUGGUGGGCAGACAUUAUCAGUGUUUACUGAAGGACCAUCAGAAAAACUAACCUUUGAAGGAGUCGUGGUACAGCGUGCAGAAUGCAGACCAGCUGUCAAUGAAUCUUAUAUGAGGUUGAAAAGACUGCAAAUCGAGGAAUCAUCCAAACCGGUCCGUCUCUCCCAACAACUGGCCAAAGCUGUAACGACAAAUUAUAAACCUGUCGCAAACCAUCAGUACAACAUUGAAUAUGAGAGGAAGAAGAAGGAAGAUGGAAAACGUGCUCGGGCUGAGAAACAACAAGUACUGGAUAUGCUGUUUUCAGCAUUUGAGAAGCACCAGUAUUACAACAUUAAGGAUUUAGUGGACAUAACCAAACAGCCAGUUACUUACCUGAAGGAGAUUUUGAGAGAGAUUGGCAUCUACAAUGUGAAAGGGACCCAUAAAAAUACAUGGGAGUUGAAGCCAGAGUAUCGACAUUACCAGAGUGAAGACAAGAGUGAAUAGAUGAACAUGAGACUAUGGAUAACGCCAAGCUAAUGGAUAUAUUCCCAUUAAGUAAAAAUGUACAACGAGUUUCUACCAAGAAAAGACUGGGGGCUGGAUUAUGAUAAAAUGUGAGUCUAUUGUGGUGUUUGAUUAUUACCCCCGUCCCUUCUCAAAAAUAUUUUAUAAGAAGGCAAUGUAUUUUUAAGUUAAUAGGGAAAGCAUCCAUAUCUGGUGUAUGUUUUUACUUGAAUCAAGAAAAUGCUUUGUAUCUUUCAAGUAUUUUGAUGUAGAGUGUUAAUAAAGGGGAGCACAUUUGUACUGACAAUAAAGUAUUGUGCUGAAUGAA